CACGUCGUCACAGAGGAAUACAUUUUGCAACUACCCUUGGAAAGUGGCGCAGAGUUCGUUCAGCAGGCGCAAAAAGAUAUUGACAAUUAUCGAGUAAGCACAGCUCAAGAAGAUGUAGACGUAGAGCAGGUAGUAGAAGAAGAAGAUGCUGUUGCGGGUCGUGAUGGUGCUGAAAAACGAAUCUUACCCGCUCCGUUUAAAACCUUGAAUUUUCUGCACAAACUCGAGGAAGAAGAAAAUCGUGCGGAAAAUGCUGAGGAAUCUGAGGUACUCCUGUUCUUCUCAUUUAUUUCUGCAUCUCGUCACAUGUUUUCGAGUUUCAACGUGAGUAAUUUAGUAAACCUCUAUUUUAAGCUGAUUAUUUCUGCACGUGUCUUGUUGUAACAUAAGUAAUCAUAAUGAUGAAAUAAGUAACAUAAAAGAAAGGACCUUGAAGAGACUGAAGCCGUCAUUUGUUGAAUCAACUGGCGGACAACUAGCGCCCGUUGUACUAUAAAUAUCUUGAACUAGAAGAAGUAAGUACCACUAAUAACAUAAACAUUGUUCUUAAACAUAGUAGUAAAGAAAAGGAACUACUCCAUGAUUUAUUUCGGGCUUUACCAGUUGUAUUGAUGGUCCUUUCCUCCUGUACACUGGACCACUGCCUACCUUAACAAUACCUCCUUACAACCUACCAACAAAUAUAUAAACUGAAAUUUUUACUCCAGCGCCGUUCGAUCCGUGGAGGUGAGCGUGUGCGUACAACUGCUACUUCUGGUGUUGGUGAACAAGACGAAGCGCCAGAAGAACCACCUUUAUUAGCUACAGCUGGAGUUGCAACAUCGAAGCUCAUUAGUCGCAAAGUCCGAAGCAUUUCGAAGGUGGAAAAGGUCGACUUUGCUGGCGAACGCAUUCGUUCUAUUAACUACGAGCUUGCCGACCUGUAUUUCGAUCCUGUUGUGCAAUUUUUUCGCGCGCCGAAGAACCCGCUACUGACAAGCUACAGUUUGGCACAACUGCGUGGACGGAAGCCGCUAGUUUCGGAUCAUGGCAGUAAGGAUGGUGGCUACAAUCUUGAUAGGGCUUCAAACUCAAGAGAAGAUAGUAAUAUAGCAAGGAAGGAUACAACUGGAAGUACAACUACAGGAGGUGGAGCAGGAAAAGCAACGACCGGGCUUCAAGUAGGAGCUUCUGCAACGGCAACAUCGCAACCUCUGUCUGGAGACGAAUGUCUAGGCUUGAUCGAGUUGAAGCGGAAUGAGAUCGAGAUCGAAG